AUGCGAUAUCUCAUAGGUGUACCGGCGUGCCUGAAUGCGGCUGAACAUGCACUGAAAUGUAUAACGCUGAAUGGCAUCAAUGAUAAAAAUGAGCGAGUGAGAGCGGCAGCUUUCGAAAUGCUGAAAAUGCUUAAAGGACAUCGGUAUAUUAGGUUCUUCGACGUGGUUCCAAUGGAAGAAGUUUUAGCACGGCUGCAAGUUGAAACUUCGGAAAGCGUGCGUCGCGAGAUUGUUCCUCUGAUCUUCAAGUCAUUUUUCCCCGACAAAGAUCGAGCUGAUCAGAGUGAAAAGAUGCGUCGUAUAGCUUUCCUAAUCAAGCACGGCCGAAUCUGUGCACUUACCUUUCACCGUCUGCUGUUUCCACUGGGGCUUGUGACGGUUAAGGAAGCCGUGGAGCACAUCCUAUUCAUGACCAUUGUGGUGUAUCGCAGCUUCUCAAAAGGCAUGUCAGCUGACGCUACGAUAGAUGGUUCAAUGCGAUUAGAUGAUACCAUUGCCACCCUCAGCGGACCUAGUCAGGACAUUCCUAUGCCAGAUGAAAACAACCAAGUGUGGAAAAGAAAUCAAGUGUUUCUAGAAUGUGUUGUUGUCAUGUGGAUGAGUAUGAGAAAGGCACUCAUGGAAACAAAGUAUUCUACCGAAAAACAGAAACUCGACAACCUAGAAACUAAAGUGUUCAAGAAAUUAUUCCAAUGUUUUAGAAACACAUCGCUGAUCGGUACUACGAUGUUAAUCGGAAGUAUGCUACCUCCAUCAUCCUUGGAUAGUGUCACUCAAUCUGUGCUGUCAUUGUUGAACGAGAAAGUCGUAGAUGAAAGCGUGAUGGAGCCGUAUUUGGAAGCAACAGCACAGUGGCGGAUAGAAUACAUCUUUGAAAUCAUAAAUUCGGGACUGAAUUUACUACAGACUGAGAUAAGUGGGCCAGCUUGUUCUCCUCCUGGAAAGAAAAGGAAAAUGCCAGAUCUACCUCCCGUAGAUCGUCUGCGGAAAGCACUUCGUUAUUUGCGAUAUUUGCUCAGAAGCUAUACGACAAAUCAAAUGAUAACCUGUAACCACCUUUACCAGCUAGAGAAGUUCUAA